CGGCAAUGCGAGCGGGCAGCUUGCCUGUUUAUUAGCAGUUUGUUCAGGGAAGUGGAUCUGCUGUGGAGCUCCGCUUGUCAACCGCGCCGGCGAAAAAGCACCCGCUUCCUAUCGGAGAAUAAUAACUGAACAUUACGUUAUGUGACAGGAUUUACUGCCAACACACCAGAGAGUAAUCCUGUGGCCAACAAUAAAACACAUGGGUCCAAUCAUGGAUGCUGCUGGAGCUGCUCUCUCUGUCCUUCACCCAUUCCAACUAUAAACCAAACAGGACCCCAACAACCUGCUAAAUUAUCUUCAUUCUAGAGGGAGCUUGUUGGAGCAGAAUUGCUCUGAGGAAGUUUUGAGGAGAUUAAUUAAGAAGAUCACUGUCAAUGGAAAAAGGGAACAAGCAAGGGAAAGAAUGAUGGAUACAGAUAAGGUGGAAUUCACAAUCAAUUAGAUGGUUCUACUAAUUUCAGAUUCAUUUGCUGCUUUUGGGUAAUAAACAAAGCUCUGGUAUUGAGCUUGGCCUGACAGUGAAAAGUGCUGCUGAUGCUACAUUCUUCAUAAUGAGGAUGCAAACAGGGAUACCUGUUUCAGCCGAACUUCCGUCUUCUCUCACAAAGGAUUGCUGAGAGUGCAAAACGUGCCUAUGUACUGAGAAGGAAAGAUCUGUAAAGAAGAUUCCUUAACUAUGAAUUUAAAAGAAGCCUCUGUUUGAAUCUCAUGUUCUGCAACCCACAGAUACUUUGCCAUGAUGAGUAAUACAUCUGGAGAUUUGAGUUCAUCAUUGCCAACACCCACAAAAUCAACAAAAUCACCUGCUAACUCUAAGCAUCCAUACAUUGCUGUAUAUGUAAUCGUGCCACUACUGGUAGUGAUUUUAAUCGGAACUAUUCUUUAUUUGCGAUUGAAAAGAAGAAAAAAAGACGUCGUCAUUGGAGGCGAGAAGAAGAUUCCAAAUGGUAUUUUAGAAGAACAAGCAGAGCAACAGACAGUGAUGCUACUUAACAGAUCACCCACAGUUUCAAAGAGGUACCCACCUAUUCCACUAGAAGCUUUGGAACAUGAAGUCCAGAAACGCUCAGCUGAUGAGGGCAAACUUUUUCGGGAGGAGUUCAAUUCUCUGCCAGUUGGAACGUCACCAGCGGGCUGUGAAGCAGCAAAUAAGGAGGAGAACAAGGACAAAAACCGAUACCCCAACAUUUUGCCAGAUGACAAUUUCAGAGUGACUUUGACAGCUAUAGAUGGAGUGCCAGGCUCAGAUUACAUUAACGCCUCUUACGUUGAUGGUUUUAAAGUGAAGAAUAAAUUCAUAGCAGCUCAAGGUCCCAAAGAAGAGACUGUAGCUGAUUACUGGCGAAUGAUAUGGGAACAGAAAUCUGCCACCAUUGUUAUGUUAACAAAUGUAAAAGAGAAAAAGGAGGAAAAGUGUUAUAAGUACUGGCCUGAUCAGGGUUUAUGGACAUAUGGAGCAAUACGGGUCUCAGUGGAAGAUGUCACAGUGCUUGUGGAUUAUACCAUACGCAAGUUCACCAUACAAAAUCAAACAGUUGGCAACAAAGCUCCAAGACUGGUGACACAGCUUCACUUCACCAGCUGGCCUGACUUUGGCGUGCCAUUUGCACCCAUUGGAAUGCUCAAAUUUCUGAAGAAGGUUAAAGCAUUGAACCCUUCCUAUUCAGGGCCUAUUGUGGUGCACUGCAGUGCUGGGGUUGGCAGGACUGGUACCUUCAUUGUUAUCGAUGCUAUGAUUGAUAUGAUGGAUGCAGAGCAGAAGGUGGAUGUCUUUGGUUUUGUGUCCCGAAUUCGCAAUCAACGGCCACAGCUAGUUCAAACUGACAUGCAGUAUUCCUUCAUUUAUCAAGCCCUGCUUGAACAUUACUUGUACGGUGACACAGAGCUGGAUGUGAGCUCUUUGGAGAAGCACAUACAGAAGCUCCGAAAUAAAACAGGGAAAUUCGACAUCACUGGCUUAGAAGAAGAAUUUAACAAAUUGACUACAGUCCGAAUAAGGAAGGACAAUAUGAGAACAGGGAAUAAACCAAUAAACAUGAAGAAAGCCAGAGUCCUUCAGAUCAUUCCCUAUGAUUUCAACAGAGUUGUUCUGCCCAGGAAAAGGGGACAAGAAUUCUCAGACUAUAUCAAUGCUUCAUACAUAGAUGGCUAUCGACUGAAGGAUUAUUUUGUUGCAACUCAAGGUCCCAUUGUUCAUACAGUGGAAGAUUUUUGGAGAAUGGUCUGGGAUUGCAAGUCACACACAAUUGUAAUGCUGACAGAACUGAGAGAAAGAGAGCAGGAAAAGUGUUCCCAGUAUUGGCCCUCUGAGGGUUCUGUAACGUAUGGAACAUACACAAUAGAGCUGAAGAGUGACAACAUCGCUGAUGCUUUCAGUCUCAGAGAUCUCACAGUCACAAAUACCACUGAAAACAAGGAGAGGACAGUUCGACAAUUCCACUUUCACGACUGGCCUGAGAUUGGCAUUCCAUCGGAAGGUAAAGGGAUGAUAGACCUGAUCGCAGCAGUCCAGAAACAGCAACAAAAGUCCGGCAAUCAUCCAAUCAUAGUGCACUGCAGUGCUGGUGCUGGCAGAACAGGUACAUUUAUUGCACUGAGUAACAUUCUGGAGCGAGUGAAAGCUGAAGGCCUUCUAGAUGUUUUCCAGACUGUUAAGAGCUUACGAAUGCAACGACCCCAUAUGGUGCAGACAUUGGAGCAGUAUGAUUUCUGCUACAAGGUGGUGCAAGAUUUCCUUGACAUACACUCUGAUUAUGCCAACUUCAAAUAAAUACGUUUGCCUUACAGAUUUUUUUUUACCUUUUAAAUUGUUAGCUGACAGGCCAGUAAAGCAUUUUUUGUACAUUAAAUUAUCAAGAAUUUAUUUUGUAUUUUGCUAUGCACUUGUUGUUUAGAAGAAUAUUACUAAUAAGUUGAAGGGCAAUCCUUCAUUGUCUUGUGACUGUGCUUUGGAAGCAUUUAGAUUACAGUAACUGGGGAGUCACACUUCAAUUAGCAGCCAUGUGAUCUUUCUAUUUGAGUGAACAGAAUAUAUUUACAGUCUUUCUUAACCUCCUGAAAGAAUAUUAUUUAAACAGAAUAGGUCAUUAUCACUCACAUUAUUUUGAAUCUUGAAUGUACAUAAAAGUGAAAAUCUACUGAUAAAACAUCAUUUGCUUUGUAAAAAUACCAACAAUAUCUGAAGCCCCUCUAAGUGUUACAUAAUGUGAAUUUAUAAUGUGCAUUACAGUUUGCUUUGUUUCAAAAGGUUGGGUGUUAUACAUAUAUAAUAGAUAUAUUUUUCUAUGAAAAGUUUACAAUGUUACAAUGUUAGUUGCAUAUCAUGAGUUCGGAUAUUGCUUUGGCUUACCUGAAGGUUUUUUUUGGUAAAUAUGAUUAAUGAUAAUACACUGUUGUUUAGAAGUCGCUCCUUUUAUCUAUUUAUAUUUUAAGUUACUCCUGUUGCUCCAAAUUGCACAGACGUAACCUGGGCUGGUGCAGCCCUGGGACCACCCCACCUCUCUCCACAACAACCCACAACUAUGUCUUCUUCAUCCCUUUUGCUGUUGGUUAAUUCAGCCCAAUAUUGGGCAGCCUUAAUCUGGCCAACUGCAUCAGAAUACCCAUUUGGCUUCUCGGAUCUUGCCAAUCUGAUGUAAAUGAGGCCGAAACCUCAAACUCAUGGAUCUCUCUAUGUCACAUGGACCAGCAGCCGAUCAGCACACUCCACCAAUCAACCAUCUAAAACUUUACAACAGUUCCCUGGUUGUUGUGUAUCACAUUCUCACCUCUGUUACAGACUUUUGGAAGGGUUUUAAAUAACUCAUAAAUUUUAUAUGCUUGUUAAAAUGGUAUUGCCAUAACUUUGUUAAAAUUUGUAUAGGUGGUUCCCUUUUUAUCCAAAGUUCCAUGUUUUCACUUGUUGGAAUGAUUAUGUUUCCCAGUGGAAAUUGUGAAAAAUACAGCAGGAUGAUGAGCUUCUCCGGGUGAUAAAGUCACUCCUGUUUGACACUUCUUCAUGAGUUUUCUGUCUAAUAAAUAACUUUAUUAAACAGCUGCAACCACUUUCAAUGUUUGUGAAAGGAUAAUUUGAAAUAUUUGUAGCCAAUGAGAGAUGCCAACUUAGAGAAUGAGUGUAAUUGCCAAUUAUUUUUUGAACUUGAGCCAAGUGACAUGUGAUAUCACCAGUGAAGGAUUUCAUUUACGUCCAGUGCAAGUAUACUCAGCAAACAAGUGAAUAUAAAUGAUGAUAAAGCCAAAGUUAUAGUCAGUAUUCUCCUUUUUGUUAGCCUUCUAGAAAUGUGGAGAAAAUGUGAAUAACAGAGCCAAAGGAAUACUUUAUAAAAUUGAAGGAAAAAUAUGAAGUUACUUCUCACAAUCUAGCUCACCACCCAAUUACUCAGAAUCCAACUGCUCCUCUUGUCAUCAUAGAUUAUGAAAAUAUAUAGAAAAGCUUUGUUUGUUAUGAGGUUUCUUUCUUUGAGGUUCCAAGUUUAAUUCCAUUCUUGCAACACUCAGUACCACUGCUUCUUUAAACAACUUGCCAAUUCUUUAAAAAAAAUCUUUAUGCACUCUUCUUUAGCAGCAGUUUGUGGCAAAAUGUUCUGUAUUAUCUAUUUUCCUAAUUGUUUUUAAUCUCUGUGAAUAUCUUAAGUUUUCCUUUGUUGUCAACUAUUAUAAACGUUACUUAAUUCAUCAUCUUGAUGACUAGCUGGUUACAUUUUAAUCAUCUCAUUUCCACCCAAGAACUGUCUUAACUUCUCCCACCCCUAAAAUCCUGGUGAAUCUACACUUGCUAUUGGCUUUCUAAUCUUCCUGUGGUGGGGUUUCCCUAUCUCAGUGCAGUACAUCAGCUGCAAUGCAUUCAAAGGGUAGAUUCCAGCUCAGUGUUCAGGCAAGAGAGUGCUGGAUCAGUGAAACUGCAGCAAUUCCUGUCCGCACUUCCCAUCUCUGAUAGCGCAGCCAGGAACUUCCUAGAUAAAUACCCAUUGGGAUACUCUGACAUCAAAAUGCCCUAGUCUGAAAGCAGUGGUGGCAUUCCAAGCGGAUUCCUGUGCACUCCCCAAUGAAAGUCUACAAGUUUCCCAAGCUUGCUGAUCACUCCUAUUUCUGCAACACCCCAGCAAAAACAUGCCUCCCUCAUAACUUAUGUGUGUGCUAGUAAUCCUUUCUGGCAUCUAGGCUGGCAGAUUAUCCUUCCUCACAUGCAAGCUAAGUGCUGCUUUCCCUCCUUUUCAAGUGGAAAUUGAUCUGAGGUCUUUGGAAAGGACCCAGGAGGUAGAAUACCCCAGGAAUGGAACUGAUGCUGGUAAAUAUGUGUUGUUUCUAAACAUCCACCUGAAAUCCAUUCCAGGAUAAACUGCACUUCUAAAGUCUUGUAUAUGCCAAACAUUCCCUCUUCUUCUCUAGUCUGUGCCUCUAGAUGCAAAAUAAACAAUUGCCUUUGUCUUUUGAAGAGCCCUACCUAUUUGCACUGAUACCUUUCAUGACUUUUGCAACUGCUAAGCUCCUUCUGCUUGCAUAUUUCAUUUCAAAUCUUGCCCUUUGAUUUCUAUUUCUUUUUCCUACCCAUACUAAAUUCAUUACUUACCAUUUUCUACAUUUAAAUCACCUGCCCACAUAUUCAUCCACAUCUCUUCACCUAUUGUCUAUCAUCUUUCUCACUUCUUGUCAUGCAUUUUCAUAUUUUAUUAUGUUUCCAUUAGUCCCUGUUCACGACAUUGUAUUGUUAACAACAAUAGCUUCACUUUUGUGUCCCAAAGAAUAUUCCUUACCACAUCUUUUAUUUGGAUAAGCUAAUUUUUCUGGAUGCCAACCAUUGCCUUUCAUGUGACUGUAUUCCCUCAUAAUUGUGUGUGCAAUUACCUUACCAAUUCCUUUUUGAAAAUCCACAUAAACCACAUCUACUGCAAUUACCUUACUUGUCCUCACUGUUACUUAUGCAUACUAGAGGGUUGGUCCGAUAUACUUACCUUUGCAUUUAAAUAAUGGGGAAAAAAUGAUAUCUUUCAAACAAUUUGAAAUAGCACUUUUCAAUACUUAAAGGUUAAUCUAAAAUUAAAAUACAGUGUUCAAAUAUUUUCGACCAGAUUUAUAGACUACUGAUUUUCUUUGGGCUUUAUUUAAGAAAAUAGCGAAUAUUCAGUUCAUUUAAUAUUUUACUUUACAUUAGGAACACACUUAAUUCAUGGAUGUGUACAAAAGAAUUGAAAAUUAGUUCAUAAAUAUCAUUAUUUCAGAAGCUAUCAUUCAUGGUUGUGUUCUGUCAUAACUGUGGAGUUGCCACAAUGACUAUCAUUUUUAAAUAUCAAUAAGGAACACAUUGUUCGUAAUGCUUUGCCGACUUGCAAAUUCCAUUGUACCUGUAGUCGGUAAACAAUAUGCAUUGUUAUUGAUUUGGUUCCUUCGUGACCUCAUUACUGCUCAGCACUCUCAUUGGGAGGUGGUUUAUUGGAACCACUUGCUUUCCUUCCCCUUCUUCCUUGCACCAACAUAAGGAACUCAGUGAGUUAGUAAUCAAAAGGUAAAUAUUAUCAUUAACGUGUGUAUUGUGGUGAGGUGAGACAUCAUAAAACCUUGUUAUAUUUCUUGUUCAUCAAGCUGAGGAGUACUAUUAGUGGAGGUGAUUCAGGAGUUGCUGAAAUUCUUUCCAUUUCAAGCACCAGCUCCUGAGGCACAAAUCUUCCGCUCUGUUCAAACCGUAAAGGCAGCUGGAGAAUGCAGUGCAUGUCUAAACCAAGAGCCCCAAAAGCCAGACAAAUGAUGUGGCUGAGCUGCUGGCAUCUGGCACUUCAAAAGGCAGGUUGCCAUCUGCAGCCUGUUGGCAACGUGCUGGCAAGAAAUUGGUUACUAAAUAGCCAGGGUGGAAGGGGAAUGAGUGCGAGGUGAAUAGGUAGGUGAAGGGAUAGUGUAUAGAAAUUGAUCACAUGUUGCCAAUAGCUCUCAAGAGGAUCCAGCUGUAGUGAUAACUUCUUUCAAACUCACCUUUUGCCACAGUAAACUUUGAACAAUUCUGUGUGAAGCAGACAAGCCCCACUCUGGCAAAAAUAUUUGGCAAAUAAGACUCAUUUGGCAUUUGUCCCCUCAUUUAGACAUAAAGGUCUAAAUGCCUGUUUUAAGCAGAUUCCUUCUAUAUGAGGCAAAGUAGGUGGAGACCAGACUGACAAUUGUAAGUCCAGGAUACAAUAUAGUCUGGCCAAUGUAUUUUAGAUGAGAAUCUUUAUCCAAAAGUUUAACAUUGGGUACAGUGGCGUUUUAUUACCAAAUGCAUCUUUCCUUAUAUGUUUUCUUCUUUUAAAUACUUGGAGAGAUAUAAAUUUGUACAGUAUUAGAUACUCUAUAUUUAAAAAUGACAUACGAGCAUACAAAGUUAAUUUGCAAUUAUAUCCCUCAUUCAGAACACAUGUAACCUUUUACACAUUGAUCUUCAAAUUAUUAAACUGAAGGAAUUGAAAAGCUGCAUCACCAGAUUUCUUUAUAUGUAAAUAAGCACACAACUGAAAAACAAUCUAUUUUUAAAAAUGUUUUCAAGAAAAAAAUAUUUCAUAUUAAUAUUAAAACCAAACAAUUCUUUCUGUUGCCAACUUUAGUUUAUAUAGCUUAGAUACCUUAAGUAUAUGCAUUAUGUCUUCUCUUAGACUAUUAUAUAGUGAAUUGUCUCUUCUAAUGGUUGGACAUUUUUAGCCUUUGAUGUUCUGUAAUCAAGUACAAAGCAACAAGAUUACAUACACACAGAAAUUCCUAUAUUUUGUCUUUCCUUUUAAAUUAAAUGGCCACUUGCAAAAAUGCUGAGGUUACUGAUUUAACUUUUGAAUAGUUAUGCCUGAGAAUAACUUAGCAUAUUUUAUAAUAUCUGCUUCCACUGUGCCAUAGUUGCCUGGGGAAGGAUGCAUGCAUUAAUUAAGCAUGAAAGUGAAUGUAAUGUUGCCAUAAUUUUUGAUAAACUGUGGGUACUGUUACACCCAACCUUUAAGAGAAGUUGCAGGCAAACAAGCAAGUGAACCUGAAAGCACACUACCAUGUGUAUACUGCCAUUUAUUACUGCUAGUCUACCCAGUGAAUUGCUUAUCUUUCUGUGAAAUACACAACUGAAUAAUUGUAGAAUAUAUACAGUUAAAGUGGUAAUGGUAACAAAUACAGAUUUAAUGUGGGAUGUUUUAUUGUGCUCAUAUUACAUUUAUGAAGUGCACAUAUACUGUUCAUUUUUAAUACAUUUCACAUGCUUUCUUUAUUUUACAUUAAGUUAUAAGGGACAGUACUUAUAAAAGGUCAAACCUGAUUAUCUCAUCUACUUCAGUUACUCAGUGACUAAAGCUAUUUGAAGGAUACAGUUUCCAAUCUGCUCCCCUUCUACAUCAAUUUCUAUUGCAAAUUGAAUUGAGUACUGUUUUGUUUGCCUUAGGUGACACCCACUGUAGCUCAUGGAGUUCCUUAGUGAAAAUGUCAAUGAGACUGUAUUCAGAACAAUAAUUUCCAUUGUGCCAAUUAGUUAAGGGCAUUGUUUCUAAACAUGUUUACAAAUUGGUUCACACAUAUAAAGAGAUGAGGGUUAGUAACAAAGUAAUCAGAGUGGUGUUAACACAAUUUUUCAAAAUUGGAAACCUACCUAAUGUAGACUAGAAACAAUGUAGGGGAGUCAAAAGGUCGGAAAAAUAUGGUUCUGUUAACCAUCAGGCCCUUAAAUGGUGGAGUUAGUUUUGUAUUACACUGAUAAAUAUACAGAGACCAAUUGAAUAACUCUGGAAUAACAAAAUGAAAAAAGUACAAGCAUGUUACCUGAUCAAGCACUUUAUAUUUCCUAAUUAUUUUCAAACUUUCUUACAAAAACAACUUUGUUAAAAAAGACCAAUCUUCUUAGAGAAUUUCCUUCAUUGUGGUCAAAAUAAACAUGGUAGAUGGUUCCAGGAGGACAGCACCAUUUGAGAUAGUGACAGCUCUUUACUGGUUGCAAAUUAUUCAGUAUCGGACCUUUGGUGCCCUAUCUUUCAUGGCUAGACACCCAAAGCAUCUCCAGUUAUUGAUCAAAAUCUAAGGUUAUCUGGGCCAAUUCUGGUGCCCAGCUAAGGUUUUGGAAUGCAGCAAAGCAUCAAAAACCUUCCAAACAAAUCACUGCUUUCUCAAGUGAGAAUGUGAGAAUGAUGUCUAGCUUGGAGUAUUAGUCAGCAUGUUGUAGCAUUGGUAACAGGACAGACUUGGCCUGUUCCCAGAGAUGUUCUGGCGUGAGAUGUCAUUUAUAUUUGGCAACUCUAAUCUGUCUCAAUCCAAGAACCCAGAAUAAACUCCAAUGGAGCAACUCCGCACAUUAGUGUGGAAGAAUAUAACACAAUAUUAGGAAUAUUGCACUGUUUUAGCUGUAAGGGUUGAAAGUGUCAGCAUUUCCAUCAUUUUUUGUUAUCUCUUAUGAAAUUCCAAAAGAGGCACAAAUGGAUAAACUUAUUGUGUUUUUUUGAGAAUAAUGUACAUGAAAUUACAAUUAUAAAUACUUGGUCUGAUUAGUCCAAGUAAGUGAAAGGGAAAAUGCAGAUAUCUAAAUUGCUAUAUUUCUUUCUUUUGGCCUUUUAUAAGUCCAUAUUGUGUUUUUAUUUAAAUGAGAGAAUGAGUUUUUGUACAGUUCUUUUUGAAAUUAUACAAUUAAGUAUUUGGUCCUGAGAUUCUCCUCAUUGCACUAAUCUACUGACUGUCAUGCUUCUUUACUGCUCAGAAUACAUAAAAGUCACUGUGCUGAUUUUGAAUAUGUGAAAUUAUCCUAAAAUGAAAACAUAUGUAUACAAAAACAGAUCAUGCAGCUUUAAUUUGAAAAAUGUGUUGUAUAUGGUUGCCAUAAUUUUUGACGGUACAACAAUAAUCAUUUAAAAAAUUGUUCCAUGUAUAGAUGAUAAACUACUGUUCUUGGAAAUUUAUUUGUGUAAAAAGGCUUUGCUAUGAUUAUCACAAGUAUUUGAUACAUCUUAACAGGAUUAUAAGAAAUAUAAUUGAAUAGGGGAAGAAGGUUAAUGUCAAUUUUCUGAUCACUUUGUAUUAACCCCAAUAUUAUAGCUUCCCUAAAAUGAUAUAUGAAUACUGUUUUAAUCAUUUCUUUUUAUUGAAAUAUGAUUAUACAGUAGAAGACAUUAUUAAUGUAUUAUAAUAUCUAUGUUAAGUUGCAAUUUAAGGCUUUUUGCAAGCUAGCAUGCUCAUAUUUUGUUUAUGGUGGCUAAAUGUCAUCUUAAUGUUAUUUAUCCAGUUUUGCUAAAUAAUAUUUUUGCAGUUUGAAUCCAUUAAUAAAUGGCAAA